AUGUCCGCCCACCUUCUCUCCGAAGUCGAGCUCCAAACCAUCUCCCAAAAGGCCAUAGAAGCCAAAUCCAAAGCAUACUGUCAGCGCAUCAACCCCUCAAUUAACAUUCGUCUUCUGUCACCUCUAACAAGGAGACCAGGCCGCUACUCAAACUUCCACGUAGGCGCCUGCAUCCUCACGUCCACAGGAGAAUACAUCUCCGGCGCCAACAUUGAGAAUGCCGCGUAUCCCGUGGGCGUAUGCGCCGAGCGCGUCGCAUUCGGAACUGCCAUUAUGCAAGGCCACCGAUCCUUCAAGGCCAUAGCCGUAGCGACAGAUAUCAAGCCCGCGGCCAGUCCGUGCGGGAUGUGCAGGCAGUUUAUGCGCGAAUUCACAACCCCGUCUUUCCCGAUAUACAUGUUCGACAAGGACGGAGAGUAUAAAAUUGCGACUAUUGCGGAGCUUCUGCCCGAUUCGUUUGGACCGGAUGAUUUGUCCUAG